GCAUUUCUCUCUCCCGACCUCGAAUACGGCUGCGCGCGAAAUUUCUCAUGAUCAGGACAGGGCGUUCACUCCAUGUUGUUAACUGGUCUGGUUGAGGCGUUCGAAAUCGGCCCUAUCUUCCGCGGUCGCCUCGGUUCGCGGAUACACGAGUCGCAUCACGACCCUACGCGGCUAUAAUACUCGCGCCACCACACCACCGUGAUCAUAAUGACAGAGACCGACAGCGGCGAUGGCGGCUACUUCCCUAUGGGAGAGCGCUCUCGCUCCAGAUCUGCGUCUCCCAGCUCGAUUCGUAGCGACUCGAUGUCAAUGCAUCUCACGGAGCCAUCAGCCACCAUGGCUUCGUUUACUGCGCUUCAGUACUUGCCAGUACCGGUUCUUGUCUUGUCUGCGCAAAAGACGGUAGUGUUGGCGAACGAGGCCAUGGGUCGCCUUUUUGGUAUUGAUUUUGAAAGUAUUCAUGAUCUUUCAAUAUCGGAGGCGUUGCAGGACAAAACUAUGGGUGAUCUUGGUGUAGAUAUUCUACAGAAUGGCUCCCCAAUUCUGAUCACGUGGGAGAGCUUUCUGGACUGCGUAAUCGACGACUCGAUAGCAAGCAGCUUAGAUGAAGAUGGAGAUUCGCAUAUGGGCAGCGGCCACACCACGCCGACCGCAGCGAGCAUGACAUCUCAAGGAAACCCUCGGUCGACAAAACCAUUGCCGCGCCUGAGCAGUACGAACCUUUCUCGAACAACGGUACGCGACGUAUCAGUAGAGGUGGUCAUUGCGCCACUUUCUUUGGAUUCCGAGGGCACGUUGCACAAGUCUGAAAGAAAGGGAGAUUACGAAAAUGCAAUGCAGGCAUCUUGCAUCAUAUCCAUUUGGAGCAUUGAAGAGACCCAAUAUUACACGCUGACUUUCACAAGUGCAAUAGCAGCUGACAGUGCGCCACCACCCUCCAGUCGUAUAGUCACUCGUACAAACACGGGAGCUCGCCUCGACAAGUCCCGAAGCUCGGGCUCCAGCUCUUCAUCAGGCCGUCGUUCGGGAAGCAGCUCGAAUUCGAAUUCCAAAGCUGUUACGCCUACACUACAGCAGCCUGAAUUCCCACCUCGAGGUCCUCCUACUAGGGGCAAGGCUGACAUUGCAAAUUCGGCCUCUAUAUUCCAAAAGGCGACACAACUCAAGGACGCUAUCUUGAACUCUAUUACCAUGCCCGCCUACGCAAUGUGGAAAGACCAAAGCUUCGGAAUUCCAAACAAAGCCCUCCUGCGACUACUUUCGAAAGAUUCCACCUAUGCGCCUGGAGACCAGCGAGAUUUCCUCAGCCAGUUUACCUGUUGGACCGAAGAUUUCCAGCGCCUUCUGGACCUCGACGAGUUCCCCAUUAUUGAGGUCUGCCGUACACGAGAAAGAGUCGGAGGACGGCGUAUCGGUAUGCGACAUCCGCUAACAGGUACUCGGAUUGUGUAUGAGAUCAAUGGAGAGCCUGUGUUUCACGAAGAGACUGGGGAUUUCCUCGGUGGUAUAGUGGUCUUCAAGGAUAUCACCGAGUAUACCAAGCAAAUUGCCGCCCAGAUUGAAGAGAACGAGAAGCAGUUUGAGUACAUUGCAAACUUCAUGCCAGUCAUGGUAUGGACGACUACACCUGAUGGGCUUCACGACUGGUUCUCUCAACGGUGGUAUGAUUACACAGGUUUGACUGUCGAUCAAUCAUUAGGCGAGGGCUGGCGCCUACCGUUCCAUCCAGAUGAUAUGGCAGCAACUGCUCAACGUUGGUUCCACUCUCUCAAGACAGGCGAAGAAUACAACACAGAAUACCGAUGUCAGCGCUAUGAUGGAGAGUGGCGCUGGAUGUUGGGACGAGCUUUACCCUUUUACGAUGACUCCGGACGCAUAGUCAAGUGGUUUGGCACAUGUACCGAUAUUCACGACCUGGUCCUAGCACGUCAAGAGGCUCGUCAGACAAGAGAGCAAUUACAGCAGGUCAUUCAGCACGCGAAAAUAGUCCUAUGGGUCAUCGACCGCAACAAUGAGGUCAAGGUCUUGGAAGGAGAUAUUGCGGCUAGCGAACGACACAAGAAGGACGAACUGGUUGGAAAGAACGUUUUCGAUGUCUUCGAGUUGCGUGGCAACGAUCGAGCGCGUUGGCAUGGUCCUAUUCAGGAGAUCUUACAGGGAAAACAAUCAGCCGAGGUCGUAAACGGAAGAUACUUGUCGGAAGCUCGCUACUACCGGACCCGUCUAGUACCGCUCAUGAGCGCCUCCAGGACUGCAGGCGUCGAAGGCAGUGCUUUUGUGAACGGUGUGAUUGGUGUUUCUAUGGAUAUAACUGAGCUGCGGGAAAGAGAAGAACAACUCAAAGAGCAAGAGAAGGAGAAUUCGAGGCUCCUGGCCAAUGAAGCGGCAGCGAAAGAAGCAAGUCGGAUGAAGUCGCAGUUCUUGGCUAACAUGUCCCACGAGAUCCGGACACCUAUCGCUGGCGUAAUUGGUAUGUCUGAGCUCCUCUUCGAUAUGAACCUGGACGAGGAACAGAAGGAAUGUGCCGAGAACAUCCAUCGAAGCGCGAACAGUCUUUUGACGGUCAUCAAUGACAUUUUGGACUUUUCGAAAGUUGAGUCUGGACGACUGGACGUUGAGGAGGUACAGUUCAGUCUCAGCGUCGUUCUCCGAGACGUAAACAAGAUGAUGUCUUUUGCUGCCCAGAGGAAAGGUCUGGAUUACCAGAGCUCCAUACAAGAUGAGGUUCAGGCAGACCUGCGCGUGAUGGGAGAUCCAGGCAGAUUACGGCAAAUUCUCACCAACGUGCUAACCAACAGCAUCAAAUUCACCUCGGUGGGUACCGUAAGACUUGCCGUCUCCAUCAGUCAAGAAUCAAAGGAUAUGGUCACGGUCAACUUCAACGUUGAGGACACUGGAAUUGGCAUAGAAGAGGAGGUCCGCAAGCGAUUAUUCCAGCCCUUUAGUCAGGCAGAUUCGUCCACGGCUCGACGCUUCGGUGGAACUGGCCUGGGUUUGACCAUCAGCAAGAACCUGGUUGAGCUCAUGAAAGGUCAGAUAUGGCUGGACUCGAAGCUGGGACAAGGUACUACUGCUACUUUCUGGAUACCGUUUACUCGUGCGCCUUCGCAAGACGGAGAAUCACCUUUAGUUCAUCUAGAGUCAAUUCCAGAUCGACUUCAGAGUGACAUGUCAGUCUCAUGUGGCAGCUCGGAAGGCCACACACCGCCGUUGACACCACAACUUCCUAAUGGGAGCUCACCAUACCCAUUGCUCAAAUCAGCCAUUCCGGAUCAUCUGAUGAGUCUUCCCGAAAACGAAAGACAACAGAUUCAUGUUCUCGUCGUCGAGGAUAAUCACAUCAACCAACAAAUCGCACUCAAGACGAUCAAAAAGCUUCACUUCUCGGUCAAUGCAGUGUGGAACGGCCAGGAAGCUUUGGAGUAUCUAAUGCAGGAGUUCGGCCCUUCACACCCACGCCCGGAUAUCAUCCUGAUGGACGUUCAAAUGCCUAUUCGAGACGGUUACUCCGCCACCCAUGCUAUCAGGACAGAGGCGCCAUGGCGCAAUAUGCCCGAAAUUCGAGGUGUUCCGAUCGUUGCCAUGACGGCUAGCGCGAUCCAAGGCGACAAGGAGAAGUGUGUAUCGUGUGGUAUGGAUGACUAUCUCGCCAAGCCAGUCAAAGGGAAGCUGCUGGAGAAGAUGCUUGUCAAGUGGGCACUCGAAGGACGGCGAAAGACGGCGAAAAGCAAGCCACCCACAAACGACAAUGAUCAACACAGCGUCGCAACCCCAAGCUCCAAGGUGGGCUCUAGGGCAAAAGAUCACCCGCGAACGGCAGGCCUGUCGGUUGAAUCUGAAACAACGGCGCAGGCAUUGACCGCUGAACUUGACCGCCUUCAUUACCAGAGCGAUGCAGCAUUCACAAGGUCCAACGAGAACGAGGGUGAGCGGGCUAUGCGGCGUAUCUACGCUGAGGAAAGAGACACGAAAUUGCGCGACGAAAAACUGCUCUCCAUAGUCGGGCCACAGCUCAUCCGCCACAACAGCUCUCAGGGGCCACAGAACGAACCAUCAAUGCCUCUGACUGAGGCAAACAUUGAGAAAUUAGCCCAUGAACAAGAAUCAGACUCUCUCAUAACAAAGAAGUCUGGUUCACUGGACGAUGCCAACUCAAACAGGGCGAACAAUGCCCAUAGUAAGACCAACACGAGACAGUCUACCUUGGCACGACCGGGACUUCAGAGCUCGCGCCAUCACGAAAGCGAACGGACAGUCGUAGAGCACGUCGUUCGAUGAAAUGCUCAAAUGAAUGCUACAUCACGACCAGCGUCAUUUCAACAUCAAUAGAGCCACGACAUGUCGAGAAGGCGCCCGCGCCUUCCUUUUUACAGACCAAGCAUUGACAGCGCACUGCCUGCUGUUGCACCACUUGCUCGAAAGGUCAAAGUCAAUCUGCAAGAAAGAAGUCAUGCAGGAGCGCUUAGACACUCAACCACAGUACCGGAAACUUCACAGAAAGAUAGGGAUGCAUCACAGGGUAGCGACAGGAAGUUAGAUGGAGGUUUUGCUCGGCGACCUUUGAGCCUCAUUUCAUUGGCAGG